CUAUUGGGAGAAAACAUAUGUACAUCUCAAUUACAUGGACAAAGAUUUCCAAGAGAACCUUCAUAAAUUUUUAAAUGAGUACAUGUGUGGGCAGUGGCCUUCUGGAAUUGGCAGUAGCAAGGUCAUUAGCAACAUCAGCCCAGAGCUUGGAAAGAAGCUAUGCUCUCCUCAAGUCAUCAGAUGCUACUUAUUGCCUGAGUUGUUUAAAGAGUCAGUGUUGAUUCCAACCCAAAAUCACCUUCAAGAACUGACUGAAAAUGGUAGCAGUGACCCAUUAGAUAGUUUCAUUGACUUGUGGAGGCCAUUGCUUCAAUGGAUUCGCGAAAAAUCAAAACAUUUCUUUUCCGAGUUGCUAAAUUUUGUUUUGAGUUAUCUAGAGCGAUAUCCAAUGAAUCAUUUCAAAAUAAAAUUUUUAAAUAGGCUUUUAAUUCGUGUAUUGAGGGACGUUCAGCCUUCUUCACGUAACAAGGUAUUAGAAGAAAAGCUUUUGCAUUAUUGCUUGCAAAAUCCUACCCCGGAAACAUUAACAAUUGUUGGGCUACUCAAUAUAGACGAAAAUCAACUGGUGCAGUUAAAAAAUCUUUGGAAAGUCGUCGAGCCGUUUAAUGAUAUCAUAUUUUCAGAGAAAUUAACCAAAGGCAAAGGUACGUGUGAUAAUGAUGAAAAAGAGCUGUCGAGAUACUUUUCAAAAUACCCUAUUCAAGAUUGCGGGUUACAAUUGGAACAUCAAGUUGACGCAACCUAUUUCGGAGAUGGUGCAAUGUUGAAAUCGUGGUCCCUAACCGAAAGCGACUUGAACAAAGUAAAGGCUGGCUCCGUGUUAGCGAACCUAAAUGAAACUGAGCGGACUCUUAAUGUUUUACCAGAUGCUAUCAACGCCUAUGUACCAGCGAAAAAGCCAAUUCGACAUUCACAGGAAGAAAUUGAUAUGCUGGAUGCCGAUGAGUCUACAGGUCAAGUCGCUGAAAAUGGAUUGCUCAAAAAUGAUUAUGACGUGUCGAUAUUUUAAACUAAUUUUGGUGAAAUUUCUAAAGAAACUUUAGCACAAGUUAGGUUUGAUGGGCAUCUCCCUUGAAAUUUGUAAAAAUUUACAUUCCUCAAGUUUGAGCAAUCAGAAAAUAUACUAGACAAGAAAAA